AUGAAAUUGACUAAUACCUUGGCCAAGGCUUUAUAUGACAACAAAGCUGAGUGUCCAGAUGAGCUGGCUUUUCGCAGAGGAGACAUCCUUACUGUUCUUGAACAGAAUCUCCUUGGGAGUGAAGGUUGGUGGAAAUGUUCGCUUCAUGGGAAGCAGGGCUUGGCACCAGCCAAUCGCCUCCAGCUUCUUACUUCGUCAGAGGUUCCUUCCAUUGAGCAAGAUUUUCAAGGACUGCCAACCAACCAUUGGACUACCUACCAGGUUCCUUCAGUACAUGGAACUUCUGCACCAUUAUCUGUCUAUGAAAAAAUGGAUGGUUGGAUUACUCCACCUUCAUCUUCAUCUUCUACUUCAUUGUUGCCAACACAAGAAGGGUACCAAGGACCAGCUUUGGCUGCCAAGCUGCUCAGUGAAAAGACUGAGACUUCAUCAAAUCAGCACCUCUUCACUCUUCCGAGAGCUACUUGGGCAUCAGCCCCAGAAAAAAGAAAUGAUGUCUAUGACAUUCCAACAUCCCAGCAUUCUGGAUCCCUGUUGACUCAGAGCCUUGCCACUCCACCAUUUUCUAGAAAGGACUCCAGAACAGUUCCUUUCAUGGAAUGGUGCCCAGAAAAGGUGCAGCAACUUUAUGAUAUCCCAUCAAAUCCUGAAAAGCCGAGAUUUUGCUCAUGGCAAGACUCUGCAGUGGAAGAUGUGUACGUCAUCCCAACAUCAUCAACUAAACCCAUUGCUAAUUCUACAGAAAAGCAUUACAAAACUUUACCAAAUCUUUGGAAAUCAGAAUGGAUCUAUGAUGUACCUGUGGCACCAGACAAAGCAAAAUUAAUACAAACUUCUCAGAAUCAUUCCCCACAGAAACAUGCACUUUAUGAUAUACCACCAAGCAGGUUUGAUUCUGAUGCACAAAAAUUAUCUCCAAUAAAUAAUAAAGGGAAAUCAGUAAAUCUAAAAUCAUAUAAUAUUCCACCUAUACAUAGGAAAUUAACUUGCCCAGAGCUUCCUCUUUAUGACGUACCAUCCUUAUGCAAUACGUUUGUGCAGCGUCCAGCUAGCAACUAUGAUGUUCCUUCCAAUGUUUUGUCUACCAGGACUGAAAAGGAGAGCCAGAAAUCGACUCAUUAUGACAUUCCAAAAGGAACGCCUAUUGCUUUGGCACAACAGAAGGAAAAUAAUUACAAUUCAGGAGAUAACCCAUACAUUAUUCCUUUGCCAUCAUCCACAGAAUGCAAUGUGGACCAAGAUAGAUUGUCUGUUUCCAGUGAAAAUAGUAGGGCCAGCACCCUAUCCACAUUGUCAAGUUCUUCUACCGAGUCCUUUUCAUCAACAUUUUCAGAAGAAAUUGUCAAAGACACAACUAUGGAGCUUGAGUUGGCUAUAGACACCCUGACUAAACUGCAGCAUAGCGUAUCCAGUUCAGUUGCAAGUCUAAUGAUCUUUGUGAGCAGUAAAUGGCGAUACCAAGAAUAUUUAGAAGGAAACAUUGAGGAAAUCCACCGAGCAAUUGAUCACAUAAAAGUCUCUUUGGGAGAGUUUUUGAAAUUUGCUCAAACUAUUGAAAGAAUUGCAGCUUUGGGAUCAGAUACUAAGCUUCAAGCAAGAAUUAAAAAACAGUUGAAUAUUCUCUCAAAUUCCUUUCAGAUUCUGGUACAAACCAGAGACGCCUUAAACAAAAGCAAGUGGUCACUUGAGAUUCUAGCUAUUAAGAAACCUCAGAGUAACCCAGAUGAUCUGGAUCAGUUUGUUAUGGUGGCUCGUACCCUUCCUGAAGACAUUAAGAGAUUCUCAUCUAUUAUUAUAGCUAAUGGGAAGCUACUUUUCAAAAAGAGCUGCAAAGAUAAAAACAGCAAAGAUUCUAAAGCUGGUGUAGAGCUUAAAAUGAAGAACUUCAGUCAUGAAAAGCAAGGAGAAAAUAAUUCUGUUCUAAUAAGUAGUUUGGACAAAGCAAAAGAAAAUAAUCUGUCUUCAACAGAGACAAGUCUUUCUGUCCCUGAAGACUGCUCUACUCAUCCACAGAAACCAUUAGAAACGGAACACACACAGCCAACUUGCAAGACAAAGAAAAAUGAAGAAUUUAAAUUAAAGAGUUCUCCACCUACAACGAAAGAAAGGACUCGGAGUAAACAAGAUCCAGAUAACAGAAUGAUACUCUCCAACCUCUCCAGACUGUAUUUUGGAGCUGUUCAGAAAGCCAUUGGUGUUUUCCACAAAACUCUUAGUGAUAAUCAGACUCCAGAAAUCUUCAUAGCCAAGAGCAAGCUGAUCAUUAUGGUAGGCCAAAAGACUCGGAGUAAACAAGAUCCAGAUAACAGAAUGAUACUCUCCAACCUCUCCAGACUGUAUUUUGGAGCUGUUCAGAAAGCCAUUGGUGUUUUCCACAAAACUCUUAGUGAUAAUCAGACUCCAGAAAUCUUCAUAGCCAAGAGCAAGCUGAUCAUUAUGGUAGGCCAAAAGUUGGUGGAUACCUUGUGUCAGGAAGCCUUUGAAAAGUCCAACCGAAAUGAUGUCUUGCGUGGUAGCAGCACAUUUUGUGGCUUAUUGAAAAGCCUGGCAAUUGCAACCAAAAAUGCUGCAAUGAAAUAUCCAAGUCCUGAGGCAGUUAAAGAACUUCAGGAUCAAGCUGAUGAAUUAUCUCAAUUCACACAGCAAUUUCGAGAUACGAUGGAAUGAAGGACUACUGGAACAGUUCAAAAGACAAAUGUAGAUGUAAUGCUUGAACAGGAUGAAGUACAUCCAUGUGGAGGUGGAGAUGUAUGCCAACUUCCCUCUCUGUGUCUCUUAAUACAAUUCCAGCCAAUGUUGGGUGAGAGGCCUGCAAGAGCGUCUUCUCUCAAUGGUUAAACAUGAUUAAAUUCUUCCUCAUUGUCAAGAAUCCCGAUAUAGAGAUAUUUUGAGCAGAAGCCUUUAUUUGUAUCAGCUUGACAUUCAUCCUCAACAUCCAUACAGACAUCACUUGAACAUAGGUAGCUUGAGGUCAAGGUUCAGUUUAUGCAACUCCAUUCCUCUUUAAACUGUACAUUCUGUUGAGGCAUAAUGUUUCAUUAAGACUCUAAGCGUGUUCACAAAAACUGUGUCAAUUUUUUAGAUAUGAUAGGCCUUUUAUUAUUACAAAGCAUGUGUGUUUGUCUGCUUGAAGGUAACAGUACUGUAGCAUUCUACCCCAUAGAGAUGUGGUGCGAAUAUAUACAUUUAAUAAAAACCUGCCAGUCAAUUGAUAUGACAAGAUUAGGGCUGUUCAGAGGACUUGUUAUGAAUUGUUGCAAUAGUGGUCAAGCUAUUAGUCAUUCUUGCAACCAUCCACUUGGUGGGACAAACUCCUUAAGAUGGUGCAAAUGCUACUGUGAUUAACCAUGGUUUCAGGUGUAACAGUGUAGUAUGAAUUAUUUAUGCAGCAAAAAGAA